AUGGGAGUUUACAAAAAGAACAAGACGAAGCAGCACAACAACUUUAUGGGGAGAAGCUUAAUGCGCAACAAGUUGUUACAGAAGGAAAUUUCGGACAACAUUUUAUACUCAAAGAUAGGAAAUGAUGAGGACAAGAAAGUGAGCAAACAUAUUUCCUUUUUGGAUAAAGCCCCCCUUGACGAUUAUUUGGAUAACCAGCUAGUCAUUAACAGCGUUCAAGUGAGCAAAGUCUUUAUACAGAAAAAUGAAAUAAAGGAAAAAAAAAGGUUAAGAGAUAGGGACAAGGGGAAAGAUUAUUUGGAGAUUCAGAACAUCAUUCUGCCCAUACCCGGCAGACCAUUUCUUUUGAAGCACCAAGACAAGGUGAACAUAAUUCUCCACGAGAGGGAGAAUGCGCCAGCCAAGAAGAAGAAGAGGAAAAAUGUGAAGAAGAUUAGCUUCCUGAUGAGCGGCAAGAGCCUCAUACCGAUUAACGUGCGUAGCACGAAGGGGGAGUCGUCGCGGAGGAGGGCCCGGCAUGCCAGGACGGCAACGAACGGUGAGGUGUGCGCGGAUGGGAAGAGGGAGGUAGACGAGGAAGCAGCUGCAGAGGGGGAAGUUGCGGAGGAGGAAGAUGCGGAAGAAGACGCAGAUGCAGAGGAACACUCCGCUACGGAGGAACACCCCGAUGCAUUUGAGGGGGAAGCCCCGCGGAACCUCAGAUACAUGCGCAUGUACGAGGCGCUCGGGGAGAAGUACAAGCGGCUGAACGUGCAGGAGGUCCUCAACAAGGAGAGUGUGGACAAAUACGAACUGGAGCAUUUCGUCGAGUGGAGAAAAUUGCUUAGCAUCGUGGAAGAGGAGGAAGGGUACAUAAUCACACCCUACGAAAAAAACAUAGAGUACUGGAGACAGCUAUGGAGAGUGAUCGAGAAAAGUCACCUCCUCAUGUACAUUAUAGAUGCGAGGAAUCCCAUCUUUUUCUACUGCCAGGGGUUAGAGUAUUACAUUAAAAAGGUAGACCCCAGGAAAGAAUUCUAUAUCAUCCUAAAUAAGUCCGACUUUCUGAGCUAUGAGGAAAGGAAAGAAUGGGCAGCCUUUUUCCAGCAGAGGAAUGUGAAAUUUAUUUUUUUUUCUGCCCUGAGGGAGUUAUAUCACCAGAAUAAGGUCACCAUUGAGGACCUGCCCCUCCCUCUAGAGGCGUAUACCAAUGGGAUGUCCUCUCCGGGGGGCACCCAAAAGAAGAAGGAGGAAAGGUCGGCGGGGGAGGGGUCCCAGGUUGCAGCGGAACGGUCCUCCAUGGCAGAAGACCGACCAUCCACUUCAACAGAACCGCCACCCACCUCAACAGAGGGAUUGCCUUCCCGCCAGAUGAACCUGUCCCCCCGCCCUUUGCCCCACGAGGAGAACAAAAAGGAAGCCGCCAUCGAUGUGGGGCACGGAAGCCUCAGCUACGAGGAAAAGAGAAAUGACCAAACGGACAUAUUAAGCACAAACGAGAUGGUGAGUUUAAUUCAAAAGAUAAAGAAUCAGAAGAGAGGUGAAUACCAUGACCUCGAAAUAGGAGACCACAAUAUCCCAAAAUUUAUGGUGGGGUUUAUUGGAUUUCCAAAUGUAGGAAAAAGCUCCAUUAUCAAUUCACUCGUUGGGGCAAAGAAGGUCAGUGUAAGUAGACAGCCAGGGAAAACAAAACACUUUCAGACCAUUCCGUUAAAACGUCAUGACUUCUCCCUCUGUGAUUGUCCCGGACUGAUCUUCCCAUCUUUAGUGUUUAGUAAAUAUGACUUAAUUCUGAAUGGAGUUUUUUCGGUGGAUCAUUGCAAAGGAAAUUUAAUCGAUCUUGUUCAGAUUCUAUGCAAUAUUAUUCCUCAUCAGUUGUGUGACAAGUACCGAAUUGACAAAGGGCUCAUUUGUGAGGUUCUGUUAGAUGCAGAAAAUGGGAGGGAGAGAAGAAUCCAUCCUUAUCUAGAUGCAACUGAAUUUUUGAGUGCUCUUUGUUCUUCUAGAAGGUAUGUUUCGGGGGGGAAAGGAGGUCUUCUCAAUCUUAACUUUGCCACCAGACUUAUCAUUCGAGACUUCAUCACUGGGAAACUGCUCUACAACUUCAUGCCGUCUUACCUCGCUCGCAAUGCGCACGUGUACCGGUCGGCCGUGUCCCCCGGAGAGUUGCUCGAGGCGUCUACAAGGGUGGACCGGGAUCACUUCUCGCAGGACCCGCCCGAGCCCGAGGAAAUCCUCACCACCAAGAGGAAGUUCCGUUACAUGCAGAAGAAGCUCGUCAGGGGGAAGAAUGUCAUGAAGCACGCCUCCUAA